GAGUUCACUUUGCUGAUGAUGUUAAUUUUAAGCUCAGCUCUUCUGAGACUCUUACAAACAUGCCAGUUCUAGAUUUGGACUGUGCUUCUUUGCCUCCAUUGACUGUUCAUGAGACAUUGCACCAUCCUGUGACAGAGGCCAGUUAUACCUUCCCCAAUCACCUCAGCUUUGAUAUGCCAGAAAACUCCACAAGUACAGGUUUGAUGAAGGAUGAAGAAGAAAUGCAUGGUUCAAAUGAGGUUCAAGAAAAACGAAUGGCCAUUUUGGGUGAAGGCGACACUAACAAAAUUGCCUUAGAUCAUGAUCACCAUGAAAAAAAUGCUAUACACUUACAGGAAAUGGCCGAAGCCGAGGGAUGCUCAAGACAACUUUUCUCUCCCACUGAGGGAAAGCAGAUGGGUAAGGAAGAACAUGACAUUGACAGUGAGACUCAAAAUUCAGGUGAGACUAAACGCCUGCAGGAAGUUUUAUCUUCAAAACACGAUGCUCCUGUGACCCUUGAAGAAAAAGAAGUGAACCAGCAUAAUGCAUCUGAAGCUGACCCCUCAACAUGCUCUGGAUCAAAACCGCUAGAGCCCACCUCUCAGCCUUUCUGUUUAGAUGAAACCCCUCAAACUGGACCAGUCAUUACUGAUGUCAUGGGGUCUACUGAGGUACUCAUGGGUGGUUUUACUGGUUUGACAAAGGAAGAGACUGGCUCUGUCAGCAACUCACCCAUUACAUUACAGCCUCCUGGACCAAUGAUGAGUCACCUGGAGUUUAUUACCGACUGCGAUGUCUCUUUUUCAGAGAACACAGGUACCCGCAGUACUGAUGAGGACUGCACCAGCAUCUCCAGAGAGGUGGCAUGCAAUCAGGGUGGUGAAAUGAGCCAGAUGCCUUUAGUAAAGAAUCUGAAUCACAGUAGUGCCACUUUGAGAACAGAUGAAACCUGUCAGGAGCUGAAGGAUAGAGAUUGUACUGAGCACUCUGAUGAUGAACUCCUGAUAUCUUGCACCAAGAAUUUGAAUAAUCCUUGUUCAGAAGUGGAAAAUUUGACUGUUGCAGCCCAGACUUCAGCUGCAGAUGAUGUACUGUCAAAGGAAAAAUCUGGUAAUAUAAUGCCAACAUGUCUCGAUAAGCCAGAUUCUACUACUAUUGAAACAUCUAACAGAGAUGACCUAGCAUGUGUCAACUACCCUACUAAUGAGACAUAUGUUAACACUGAAAAUGAUAGUAUGGGGGAAAUAAAGAAACUAAAAGAAGACAUAGCCAUGGAUAAUCAAGAGGAAGCAGCAGAUAACAAAAUGCAGCAGACAGGAAAGACAGACCCAACAUUGCAGCAGCAGUAUAAUGGACCAGAUAAAGAGGCUGUUUUUAUGGGAGCAGCAGUUCUGCAGCCACAAUGUAAACACAAUAUGGAGACUGAAUCACCGUCAACAGAAAUACCAAACGAAGAAGAAAGCAAUAAGAGCUUUCCAUCUAAAUGUAGAAGUAAAACUUCCUCAACUUCCAGCAGAACAUCCAAAAGAUUUUUACCUCCUGAGUUGGAGUCCAACACUGAAACUCAGACUGUUUAUGACCAGAGUUUGGGCCAAAUUUUGACAGCAGUACUGGAAUGUAGCUCUGACUCUGACACUGCACCAGAUCUGAGCCCAGCUUUUGGCCAAUCGCAGGACUUGCAAGAUCUAAACAGUUUUGCUCAAGAACCAGAGCAAAGGGAGCAGUGUCUGGGAUCCACACAUUCCACAGAGGAGAUGUCAGGUGGAACCGCUGACGGCAAAGAAAAGAUUUCCAAUUGGACUCAACCUGCAGGUCCAGAGGAGGGAGACUGCUCUGAUCAGAGUUUGUUUGAAUCAGUCAACAAGGAUGAGUUGUUUAGAUUUGCAGUGAAAGAAGAGGUGCCAUCUGGCUUUUCUGUGGAUUUAAAUGGAAGUGAAAAUGGUGCAGAUGGAAAAGCAUCAGUUGACUCAGGGUUAGUAACUGUUUGCCCUCAAGUAUUUAAGAUUGGGCAGAGAUUAGAUGUGAAUAAAGACCCUGGGUUAGAGCUAGAUGAGUCAAACAGAAACACAAAGCCAGAACAAACAACUAACAUGGACCAGCACAGAACAUGUGAAAUGUUAAAAAACAGUGCUGCAUCUAUUGAGUUUGCUUCGACUUCAGCUAGCCAACACUCAGUUUCAUCAAAAGUCAGCACAGACAGUCAAGAUACUCAUAUUUCAAGUUCAAACCAAGCUAAUGAAGUUUAUCCGAAGGGGUUUAGCACACAGCAAAAUGUUGGGGAAGCAGAAACUAGGAAAGAGGACUUUAAUGCUGCCUCAGCUAAAGACAUUAAGGGUGACAUUAAGGAUGCAGAGCUGCAAAGCUGCAAUAAAACCUCUGACACAGACAGCAGCCAAGUAGUACAAGCAGCCAUAAAAAGCUCUAAUGAUGAGGAAAUCCCAAAAGAAGACAAGGCAGAUUUGGUAGAGAAUAGGGAACAGAAGGGGGUGCAAGUAGCUGAUAGUGAUGAAAAUGCAGGAAAGCAAGUGAUUUUAAAUUUAAAUGAUAAAGAAAGUGGAACAGAAUCAGAGUCCAGUCUCUUUAACAAUGACGUGCCACAGAGCAGCAUAGAAACCCCUGCUUGUCCCUCAGAAGGGGGCGUUAGCUGUGCUAAGGAAAUUGAAAUAGACGAUAGUGUGAUAGAUAAAAGAAGUACUGAUACCAUCAUCAUACCAUCUGUUGUUACUUCGACCACCAUCCCGUCUCCUAAUGAGUCAGAGAAACGCCAUGAUCAAGUGGCAUUUCCAGAACCCCAUGAUAGUGCUGAGGUAAAGCCCCCUGCCACUGCUUCUUGGCGUGAUGCAAAACCUCUUGAAAAGACUCCUGUCUGCUCCUCUCUUGUUGAGCAAAAAGUUUUAGAUAGUCCUGAUCCAGAGCAAGGAUCCCAGGAACCAGAAACAAACUGGAUUCAAGCCUUAAAAGACACUGCAUCCCUCUCUCAGAGCGAACAAGUGAAUACACAAGAUGCCUUGAGACCACUCCCAUCUCUGGAGUCUCCUCAGGUUGAGUUUGUAACUCCCACUGAGGAGAUUCCUUCUGCACUGAUAUCAGACAAGGUGAUCCUUCCACCAGAGGAAGCAGAGGAAAAUGCAGCUCAAAGCUCAUGUCCAAGUGCUGUGAAGAGGCCAGAUGAUCUUCCUAAACCUUUAGAGAAGGUGGAUCUUCCUGAACCAAUAAAAUAUUUGGCAGAUCUGACCUCGAAGGCUGAGCUCCCAGGAGAAUCAUCCAAAAAAACAAAACCUUUGGAACAAGAAUCAUCUCAAAAGUUGUUUGACAGGAAGUCUGUUUUAGAAGCAGCAGAGCACACUAACGUCCUAAAACCUGCUCAAGAGACAGAAGAGAUUCUAGCCAGAAAUGAGGUAGAAGUCAGAGAAACACCAAAUCUAGAAGAUUUACAACCAAACGAGCCAAGAACAGAGACUCUACAACAGCAGCAGCAGCAGCUUUUAGAAGAGCCAGAAGAAAAACCCAUCGAGGUCCCACCUGUGGAGCCAUUCAGAGUCCCUGUUGAGAAAACUGAGGUGCCAGAAACAGUCGAGCAUCCCUCCACAGAGCUACAGAACAGUGGCCUCUCCCUUGCUGAGCAGACAGAGAGCUGCCAACCUGUCCCCACUUCUCCCACUCCUGCCCCCAACGAUCACAGCACUACUCACCUGCCUGCCAUCCCCCCUCACCUCCACAAAACCUCAGCACUCGCCCCUCUCACAUCUUUGGAGACACUUCCACCAACCCCACCUGCAUCCCCCUGUCUUCCUCCUGCUGCCCCUGUAGACUCCUAUACACUUCCUGCUGAACCCUGUGAGGACCUUUACCCUGUGUCUGCACCCUGCCGGGUUCUGUUAAGGAGCUCAGACUCUGAUGGUGCUUUUGAAACUCCUGAAUCUACAACUCCAGUGAAAGCUGUUUCUCCUGCUGAACCCCAAAGAGAGCUGCUGGAAUCUGAUGACAAAGGUGUUAACGGCUCUGAAGGUGAUCUUAGUUUGGACAUCACUGCAACCGAUGCACCUUAUCGGUCCCCAUCCAUUGCUUUUGAUGAGAACAAACCCAUUGCUGCAAGCGGGACGUAUAACUUCGACUUUGUCGCUGUAGAGCCAACGAGUCACACUCUGACUCGCUCUCUGAGCCUCCAAGGGGGGGAGCUCGAUAGCUCCAGUCUGCUGGAAGGAUCAGCCUCUGGAGCUUUCCGUCAGCACUCCGAGUCCUUCAGCGUUGGGACCGAGAACACCCCGGGGAAGCUCCGGAGACCUAAGAAAGUCAGUCCGGGAUCUGUGAAGAAGAAGCCCUUCCUCAGACAAAACUCCAACCCUGACAGCUCAAAGCCAGCCUCCUCUAGCAGCACCCCUGAAAUCACAAAGCGAGCGAAGCCUCGGACGGCUAGCCCUCUCCUGACUCAGGAGGAUUUGGAGGUUGGCUCUGCAACUCCCAGUCCCGGAGGCACUCUCAGAAAAACCAGGAAGAGCCGUGUUGAGACUCCGCCUCCUCUCCUAGAGGAAACCAAUCAAACCUGCCAAGAGGAGAGCAAAGGGGUCCCUGCCUUACCCUUGUGCCAGGAGGAAGCCCCUCUUGCAGAGAGCGUAGAAGACAAAGACAACUCUCCAAUCCCACCCAGUGCCUCAUAUAAAUGGGAUCCAGAAAACUUUGAGAACAUUAACCCCUUCAGCACUGGAGGUAGCAAAAUUACCAAUUCUCCUGUUUUGGGUCAUAAGGGUCCUGUGUAUGGCCCUGCAUCUAGUCCUCCUCUGAGCCUCCCUGUCCCUGCCGCAGAACCACAUCACCACACUGUCACCGCCCCUCUGGAAGAGCUUUCCACCAAUCCCGAGGAGCAACCCAUUCUACCCAAGCGUCAGCCGGUAAGGCUGGAGUUUGACUACUCUGAGGAAAGCUGUGAGGUGCCACAGCAGGCCUCUCCUCCAUCUAAGAAAUUGGGCAAGAAGCCUCCUGGUAAGAUGCUGUCCAGAAAACCAAAGCUGGGGCUGAAAAAAGCGGCUCCACAACAGGUGGAGCAGCUGGACAACAACCCCCCUGCAGCCUACAACGGAUCGGAUGAAAUCCCCAUUCCUAAAGUGUCGUACCACAUUGAACCUGACAAGUGGGAUGACCCAAACUUCAAUCCAUUUUCUUCAAAGAAAAGUAUGUCCAACUCCCCCACCUUAUCCAGGCCAUCAUACAGCUUUGACCCAAACAACAUUGAUGAGUCUACAAACCCUUUUAAAUCCUCCAACAAAAUGGCCGCCUCGCCUCCCAGGGUGCCUGUCUCUUUCGAAACGUCGUCCAAUGACUAUGAUAACGAAAAUGACAAUGACAACAUCGGGGAACUGGAGGACCAGAACCAAAACAAACCGGCUAAGAAGAAGAAAACUCCCUUAAAAUCGAAGUCCAGGGGUGUGUCCUCUCUUUGUUGUCUGUUUAAUACUUUCAGAGUCAAGAGGUCACCAAAGAAAUCCCCGUUGUCUGACACAUCCCAGGAUCCCACAUCUGCAGAUGAAUCUUCGUCCCUUCAUCAACAGGAUGAUCACGCCACAGAUGAGGAGAAGCUGGCCUCCUCCACUGGUCAUAAGUGGGCGGUCCGCCACGAGGUGGACCAAGAUUUAAACACUGACCACCAAGACUUCCCACAGCCCUGCGACGUUACGACUUUCGUAAAUGAGAACAGUCUCCCUCAGGAGAAUCCAGUCCAGGACUAUGAAAUUGAGUACAUGGAGAAGAUCGGCUCUUCCUCCCCACCACUGUCUAUCAAAAAGCCAUCUCUGUACUUGAACUUGGACUCAGUGUCUGACAACUUAACCAAAACUACUUGUGGACAUGGAUCUGAGCCCAGCUCCCCCUGCACUGGGAGUUUUGAGGAAAUGGAAGCCCAGAUAUCUGCAGGCAUGAAGACGCCGGUGUUGAGCCCGCGGCCCGGGCCCGAAGGUUCUGCUGGAGAUAAGGGCAGGAAGAGAGAGAGUGAGGUCCUCAGCCGGACACAGAGCAUAGAGAGGGAUGAGCAGCCCUCUGGCCAGGGCCCCGUGGUGGCUCCUGCUCCAGCCCAGGCCAUGCCCCUGUUGUUAGACAGGCUGUCAGAGUGUGAGGACCCCCUGCAGUACCUGGAGCCUGACCUGGCUGAGACCAACCCAACCGCAUUCGCCCAAAAACUACAGGAGGAGCUGGUGCUUGCUGCCCUGAGGCUAGAGGCUCUGCAAGUAGCCCAAAGCAUCUCUCAGUGCCCCUCCCUCUCCACUGUAACCCCCCAGCACCGGGACAUGUUGUCUUCUGUGGAGAGCUCCAUACCCAAGAGCUCGCUCUACGUCAAGACCACCAGCAGCAGCUACAUCGAAGGCGAGAGUCCACAUCUGCCAAGAGAGCUCGACCAGUCGUUGGACAUUGCACGAGAGGAGAUUGUGUCAAAGGAGAAAGAAGUUCUGGAGUGGCAGAGGAAGUAUGAGGACAGUCGACAGGAAGUGGUGGAGAUGAGGAGGAUUGUUGCAGAGUAUGAGAAGACUAUUGCGCAGAUGAUAGGCAUGCCAGAGGAUGAUCAAAAGGAGAAGUCUCUGUCCCACCACACCAUCCAGCAGCUGAUCAUAGAGAAGGACCAGGCCUUGGCUGACCUCAACUCUGUGGAGAAGUCCCUGGCUGACCUCUUCCGUCGUUAUGAGAAGAUGAAAGAUGUGUUGGAGGGCUUCCGCAAGAAUGAAGAAGUACUGAAAAAAUGCGCCCAGGAGUAUCUGUCCAGAGUCCGCAAGGAGGAGCAGCGGUAUCAAGCUCUGAAGAUCCACGCUGAGGAGAAACUAGACAAAGCCAAUGCAGAGAUCGCACAGGUUCGAUCCAAGGCCAAGCAAGAACAGGCUGCCCACCAAGCCAGUCUGAGGAAAGAGCAGAUGAAGGUGGACUCUCUGGAGCGCACUUUGGAGCAAAAGAACAAGGAGAUUGAGGAGCUGACAAAGAUCUGUGACGAGCUGAUCGCCAAAAUGGGGAAGAGUUAGCAGCCACGCCACAAGCUAAUACUUUAUGAACACAAAGUGGAUCACUGUUGCAAGAAACGAUGGACGUUUUAAGGCCAAAGAGGUCUUGGGGUUUUGCUUCCUACUGAGUCUCCACCAAAAUGACCUCCUCUUAUUACUCUGUACAUUUUUUGAUGUGUCAGUGUACCGUACUGUAUCAGGGGUCUGGUUUAAAGUUUUAGAAAAGCUAUCAUAUCAGUGAUGAGUGUUGCGUGUGUGAUUGUGUGUGUACGGUGACGAAAAAGUCCAAGGAUUACUUGUGGGUUGAGUUAUGUGUUUAUGAUGUUGCCAUGACAGCCACUGAGGGAGAAGACUGUUUACCCGCUCCUGUUAGUUUCUCCUCUUGAUGCAAGGUUAAGGUAGAUUUUGAAAAAAAUUAGCUGCAGAUGUUUAGAUUUAUUUGUACAGUCUUGAAACACUUAGACACCAACCGUCAUUAUAGUGUUGCAUGUAAGAGAGAAAGAAAACCUUGUAAUGUUACUGUUUGUAUAUACUGUUUUGUGGAAAAUCCAAGUAUAAAACAAAAGAGUUGUCUGCAUUUUAAUGUAGUUACUAUAUCAUCCUCAUCCUGCUGCCCUCAUGUAAGCAUUUAAAUAUUUGUUAUACUUGUCAUAGCUUUUUUGAUGAAAUUGUGGGACUAUUAUUUUAUUUGGGAAUUUAUUUUGAUAUAAAGCAAACUAAUCAUCACUGUAUUCAGUUGUGAGCAGGAGCGAUUUAAUUUUUGGAGGAUGACAUCUGUUAUUUUUCACUGAGGAAUAAUUCCUCUUCACAGCUACUGUACAGCAUCAGCUUACAAAGUGCAAUAAAAGAUGGCAAUACAGCUGAA